AUGGACGUGAAAAAUGCAUUGCUUAAUGGUGAUCUUCUAGAGGAGGUCUACAUGCAACCUCUCCCUGGCUCUACUUAUCCGCCUCACAAGGUAUGCAAACUUCAACGUGCAUUAUAUGGUCUUAAGAAAGCCUCGCAAGCUUGGUUUGCCAAGUUUAGGUCUACUAUUCAUGAUUGUGGUUUCACCUCUAGUUCUUAUGAUACUGUUCUUUUUGUGAGGAAAACUGCUCGAGGGACCACCCUGCUUCUGCUUUAUGUGGAUGACAUGAUUAUCACUAGUGAUGAUGUGGAUGGUAUUCUUCUCCUCAAACAAUUUCUUAGUCAUCAUUUCGAGAUCAAAGACCUUGGUCCUCUCAGCUAUUUCUUGGGUCUUGAAAUCUCCCAUGAUUCCACGAGUUCAUUUCUCUCUCAGGCUAAGUAUACCUCCGAUCUUCUCGCUCGUGCUGGUCUUACAGAUUGCAAGAUUCCCUCCUCUCCAUUGGAGACUCAGAGUCGUCUUAGUCCUCUUGAUGGUUCUCUACUCUCUAAUGCUACUCUGUAUUGUCAGUUGGUUGGCAACAUUGUCUAUCUCAUUGUUACUCAUUCUGACAUUGCCUAUGCUGUCCAUAUUGUUAGCCAGUAUAUGUCGGCUCCUCGUACACCUCAUUAUAAUGCUUUGUUUCGUAUCCUUCGCUAUCUGAAAGGCACCUUGUUUCAUAGACUUCAUUAUUCUGCCCAUUCAUCUCUUCAGCUUUGUGCCUUCUCCGAUGCUGAUUGGGUUGGGGAUCCUACUAACCACCGCUCUACUACAGGUUUCUGCUUCUUCUUAGGCAAUUCUAUUAUUUCUUGGCGCAACAAGAAACAAUCUCUUACUGCUUAUUCAAGUACGGAAGCCGAACACCAUGCUCUUGCUGAUACUACUCAGGAGCUUCUCUGGCUUCAUUAG